AUGGCAGACAAACUCAACCUCAAGAAUCCAGCCGUCAAACGGAUUCUCCAAGAGGUCAAAGAGAUGCAAUCAAACCUUUCCGAAGACUACAUCAGUCUCCCUCUCGAGGAAAAUAUAUUUGAAUGGCAAUUUGCGAUUAGGGGGCCUCGUGACACAGAAUUUGAGGGUGGUAUUUAUCAUGGACGGAUUCAGUUACCUUCAGAAUAUCCCUUCAAGCCUCCUUCUUUUAUGUUGUUGACACCUAGUGGCCGUUUUGAGACCCAAACCAAGAUUUGCUUGAGCAUAUCAAAUCAUCACCCUGAGCAUUGGCAACCAUCAUGGAGUGUGAGGACUGCUCUAGUUGCACUGAUUGCAUUCAUGCCCUCCAACCCAAAUGGCGCGCUGGGCUCAUUGAACUACAAGAAAGAAGACAGGCGUGCCUUGGCCAUUAAAUCCCGUGAAGCACCUCCAAAAUUUGGGACUCCUGAACGCCAAAGACUAUUUGAUGAGAUACACGAGUAUAUGCUCAGCAAGUCAUCCCCUGUUCCAGAAUGUGGCCCCUCACAAGUUUCUGAAGAACAAUCCAACACAGAGGAGGCUGAGGCCCUGGUGAAUUUGCAAAAUCCAGAGCCUUUACCUGAAGGAGAGGGGAAUCCAGAUGAAGCAGGUGACGGAAUCGUUGAAGAACAAGAACACCCUGUCAAUGCUAUUCCUAACCCUGCAGGAGUUGAUGUUUCAAUGGAGAAUACAUCUAGUGUCUCAAUUAACCAGGUACUCCAAAAGUCAGAUGCAAGGGUUCAAAUUCUGAAACCAGAGACAAGGGCUCAAAAACCCGACGAUCGAUUGUUCACACUGGCUGCUAUUGGACUUACUGUAGCAAUUGUGGUUCUUUUGCUGAAGAAGUUCAUUAAAUCCACAGAACACGGUGCUGUUUUCAUGGGUGAAUCAUAG